AUGUUCUCCGUCUCCGUUCCGCCCGUCUCCGUGGGCUCCAACGUCUUCUUCGCCUUGGCCCUCUGCUCGAUCUCCGUCCUCGUUUUGCUGCUCUUGCGCCGCUUUGUGACCAUUCGCGCCACACCAGCUUACAUCCUCGUACCGAUAUUUCUGGCUCUCGCUCUCCCAGCCAGCGUUGUUCUCCUGGUUCCGAUCGAUUUAGCCUCCAGUUCGCGAGAUGGCACCGGCCCGAAGGCAAUCUGGUUGCCGGAUCGCGUGGUCCUGGUGUGCUGGCGCAUCGCCUAUUGGCUGAUCUUCAUGCUAACUUGGGCCAUCCUUCCGCUUUUGGGCGACUACGUCGACUCCGGAUACCGCGAACCCAAGGCCCGUAUCCUCUACUCCCUCCGCUCGAAUGCCCGGUACCAAUUGAUCGUCCUGGCAUGCGCAACUGUGGGGCUUAUCUAUGUCUCUAUCUCCAAUGGAUUUGACUUCACCUCGAUCAAGGGUCUGGUGAUGGCCCUAGCAUACGUGUGGGGUCUUGUGCUCGCCAUCUACCUGAUGGGUCACGGCUUGGUCUCGAUCCCGCGUAAUCUUUUCCGAAACGCCAACAUCAGCGGCCGGCUGCGCCGCUUUCAGGCACAUGCUCCCAAGGUGCAUGAGCGCUUGAUGGACGCGGUCAACGAACUGGAAAAUCUCAACUCGCAGGUUGAUCAGUUGCAGCAACGCAAGACUGGGACCGCUCGUGAUUUCCAGGAAUGGAUUGAGGAUCUAGCCGAGAGCUCCGGCUCUUCCGAUGUGCGCGUCCCGAUUCUCGAGUCGGCCGAUACUUCUGCCACCAUCCCGUCGGUUAUUACGGAGCGCUACCUGGCAGACCUGACAAGGCGGCUGCAGCGCGCGCGACAUAUGAAGGCACGAUUUGUGGAUGAGUGGGAUCGCCUGGUUCAAUCUGCAGCCGACUUAGAAACCAUCAUGAACUCCGCCGCGUCGAAGAAGCUCGAGUUUGCACCGGCUCCGCGCCGGUCGUCCUGCCUUCCUAAGAUGAAGUUUUUGACCCCAUACAUGCGCUAUCAGCUCUACUACAACAUUAUCCCCACCGUGAGACUCGCUUUUGGUGCCUUUUUCGCGGUAGCAUCCGUGUGCAUCGUCUGGUCGGAACUGAUCAAGUCUCUGGCGCCCCAACUGUCCGCCGUGACUUGGACUGUGGUACCGAAGUGGAAGGACGAGAAGCCUCUUGGGUUUGGCAACCAGGUCAUUGCCUCUGCGUGGCUGCUAUACAUGUGCGUUGCAGCCCUCGUAGGUGUCAAUGAUGUCCAGGUGUGGGGCAACCGGGCCCUCGUGCGCCGCAAUACCUAUGGCGAGAGUGCUUGCUGGUACGCCAGCCUCGUCGCUCGAUUGACCGUUCCCAUCGCCUAUAACUUUUUGACAUUCCUGCCUAAGGAUUUCCGCCGGGGUACCACAUUCUACAAGUUCCUCGGCCAGCUGAUCAACCUCACGCGUCUCGGUAAAUGGUUCGACUUCAUAUUCCCGAUCUUCAUUCUCCUUCCAAUCUGCGCAACUCUCUUCAACCUGUACGGUCGUAUUAAGAACAUCUGCGGAUUCGGCCUUGCAGAGGACGAUGAUAUUCACGAUGUCGAGAAUAACCCCGCCGGGUACGGUAUGGGUGGCUGGCGUGAAGGCCGGGACCUGAUCGAGCGCGAACUGAACGGCUACGGUACCUUAGCCGUCUCUUCUCGUGGUGGUCGUUCCACCUGGGCGUCUGACCGCGAGGAGGGUGACUCUCGUGGAUCAUCUCGGCUACGUGUCCCGGUUGCUGAGGGCUCGCGGUCUCCUCGGACUUCUCAAACCCAAAGACCCGUGACAGCUCCUACUGUGGUUGACGACGAGGAAGAAGAAGAGAACUUUUUCAAAUCUUUUGCCCACCGUGUGCGCAACACUUUUGAAACCACCAAUACCCCGCAAUGGUUUAAUGGUGGUGAGCCCUUGCGUCUGCCUCGCUGGAUGUCAGGCGAUAACACCACCACUGAGGACGGCGGUAUAAACCGGUUGUUUGGAGGCCGGGCUGUGCCUGGUCGGUUGCGCCUGGGCUAG